AUCAAUGUUCUAACGAACAAAAUAAAAAAUUGAGAUGAAUAUUUGGCAAGAUCCUCUUAGAUGCCCACCAUGAAUCUAAUUUGUCAGGCUGUCACAAUCAACAUAGUGCCCGUUAACUCCCAAGUUCCACGCCGACAGCAGUUAUGAAAAGCUUUAAUAGUUGGCAUCCACCUAGUGAUUUUAAACUAUAUCUGCAUAGCUUCAUAAUUUUAAUUCAUAUACAUAAAUUCCUUCUCCAUAAGUCGCACAGUAUUAAUAUUAAAUCUAUAAUUAGCGGCGAAUUCACGAUUCGGUUACUGAGUUUACGUGAAUCUAGUAACUUUUAUCAAAUUUUAUAUAUUACUAAUGGUAUAUGUUUAGAAAUUUUCUAUUUAUUCAUAGAUAUUUGAUUAUGAACCUCAAAUCCUAUAUCAAUCUAAGCUUGUAAUUGGCACGCACCUACUCUGCCCCUAUCUCUCUUUUGUGUUUUUCCUAAUUUCUUUCUUCACGUGUCAACUUCAAAAUCCUUUUGAUCUCGUAAUUAAUUUCUAUGUACUAUUAAUUUUUUUGGUUUGUUUUGCACGAGUCCAUUUAGACACUAUAUAUACAAGUGUUAACAAGAAUAUCACACAGUUUUCGGUUUCCUUGGUAAACUAAAUUAGGAGCAAGCUGUUUAAAUUUUCGCGCGGAUGGAACAAAAAAGAGUAAAGCCUGAUGGAGAGGUUGUUAUUGCUGAAGAAGUUAGCCGCGUCAGAGUGCUCACCUUAAAUCGGCCAAAUCAGUUAAAUGCCAUCUCAGGCAAAGAGGCAUUAUUGCUGGGAAAGAACUUGGAGAAAUUUGAGAAAGGUGACAAUACACAGCUAGUUAUCGUUAAGGGAGCGGGGCGAGCUUUUUCUGCUGGUGGGGACUUGAAAAUGUUCUAUGACGGUCGAAGAACAAGGGAUUCCUGCCUUGAAGCUACUUCUCGAAUGUAUUGGCUUUGCUACCAAAUUCAUACAUAUAAGAAGCCUCUGAUUGCUCUUGUUCAUGGAAUGUCAAUGGGUGGAGGUGCAUCCUUGAUGGUUCCAAUGAGGUUCUCAGUCGUCACAGAAAAAACUGUAUUUUCAACUCCAGAGGCACUUAUUGGGUUCCAUCCAGAUUGUGGCUUCUCGUACAUGCUUUCUCGACUUCCUGGUCGACUAGGAGAAUACUUGGGGUUAACAGGAGCAAGGCUAAAGGGUAAAGAGGUCGUUGCUGCAGGACUUGCCACACAUUUUAUCCCUUCUCAGAAAUUGGUUGAGCUAGAGAAGCGCUUAUUAAGCUUAAACACCAGUGAUGAGAAUGUCAUUGAAUCUGUCAUCAAGGAAUUUUCUACAGAUAUUGAAAUAGAUGAACAUAGUGUCUUGAAUAAGCUGUCCAUAAUCAAUGAAUGUUUUUCCAAGGAUUCUGCUGAGCAGAUAUUGAUGUCAUUUGAAGCUGAGGCACACACAGAAGGAAAUGGUUGGAUUCAACCAGUGCUAAAACACUUAAGAAGAUCAUCCCCAACGGGACUAAAAGUAACAUUAAGAUCGGUUCGAGAAGGAAGGAAACAGACGUUAUCUGAAUGCUUGAAGAGAGAAUUCAGAAUUACAAUUAACACAUUAAGGACAAUAAUAUCUAGUGAUUUCUAUGAGGGCAUAAGGGCAAUCGCCAUUGACAGGGAUAACUCUCCAAAGUGGUGUCCUUCAACUCUUGAAAAGGUGAAGGAUGAGCAACUCAACUUGAUCUUAGAAAAUUUCGAACAACAUUUGGAGCUCCAGAUUUUAGAAAAUGAAGAGCAUAGGUGGGAAGGGAAAUAUGAAAAUUCAGCUUAUUACAAUCUUAACCAGGCUGAGAAAAAUCAAAAAGCACUGCCAUCAACAGCUCCUAGAAUCGGUCUUACACAGUCUGCCUUGUGAUAUAAGCAAUAAUUAAAAAUAUAGUGGUUCAUAGUCACAGUAGUUCAUGUUUACAACUAGCGGACAUAUACAUAAAAUGAAUGUGUGGGGGACUCAAAUGUUAUUUUCGAAUUAGCUAGAGGACUUGUAUGGUAAAAGAUUUAU